CCGGAACCUUUCUCCGCGGCCCGGGCGGCGGACGGAGAAUCGGACGGGGAGCAUCAUCAGUGAGGGACCGAGGUCGCGUGUGAACCGGCGUCAGAAAGUGCCCUGAUGGCCUCUGUGGAGCCAGGUGUCGGUCGCUGGUGACAGGACUGCCGGUGGUCUUUACGCCGAAGGCUGGGAUUUCUCCAGGGGAGGGUUUGAUCUGAAUGAGCAGGAGCUGUUUUAAGGGUUCGGUUCCGUAAACACCCAUCCCUGAGCCAUCGUUGACCUUCCGCUGAUCCUUUUAUCUCAGCGCCAUGUACCACUGAACGGGGUUAAGGAUGCCACUUUCAGACUUUGUUUUGACCCUGAAGGACAACCCGUAUUUCGGGGCUGGCUUUGGCCUGGUUGGGGUUGGCACAGCGCUGGCACUGGCUCGCAAAGGGGCCCAGUUUGGAAUGGUGGCCUUCAGGAGACACUGCAUGAUCACACUGGAGGUGACCAGCCGUGACAAGAGCUACCACUGGCUGCUGAACUGGAUCACGCACCAUGCCAGGCGGACACAGCACCUGAGUGUCGAGACCUCCUAUCACCAGCAUGAGAGUGGCAAAAUCAGUACGACCUUCGAUUUCAUUCCCAGCCCUGGGAACCACUUUGUCUGGUACAACAGGAAGUGGCUUCGUGUGGAGAGGAACCGGGAGAAACAGAUGAUCGACCUGAGUACGGGCACCCCGUGGGAAACGGUCACCUUAACCUCGCUGGGCACCAACCGCCACAUCUUCCAGGACAUACUGAGCGAAGCCAGAGAGCUGGCCCUUAAGCAGCAGGAAGGGAAAACGGUGAUGUACACAGCAGUGGGAUCGGAAUGGCGGCUCUUUGGGUUUCCAAGGCGCAGACGGCCUCUCAGCUCCGUUGUGCUGGAGAGAGGAAUCUCAGAAAAAAUCAUCCAAGACGUAAAGGAUUUCAUUGGGAAUCCCAAGUGGUACACAGACCGAGGGAUUCCUUACCGACGUGGGUACUUGCUGUAUGGACCUCCUGGAUGUGGGAAAAGCAGUUUUAUUACAGCGCUGGCAGGCGAGCUGGAGUACAGCAUCUGCCUGCUGAGCCUGAGUGACCGCAGUCUGACCGACGACAGACUCAACCACCUUCUCAGCGUGGCUCCCCAGCAGAGCAUCAUUCUCCUGGAGGACGUGGAUGCUGCCUUCAUCAGCCGGGACCUGGCCAAAGAAAACCCCACCAUGUACCAGGGGAUGGGCCGCCUGACCUUCAGCGGUCUGCUAAACGCUCUGGAUGGUGUUGCGUCAACUGAGGCAAGACUGGUGUUCAUGACCACAAACCACUUGGACAGGUUGGAUCCAGCACUGAUCCGCCCAGGGCGUGUGGACUUCAAACAGUUUGUCGGGUACUGCUCCCACUGGCAGCUGUGCCAGAUGUUCCAGCGGUUCUACCCCGAGCAGCCAGCGGCCGUGGCGGAGCAGUUUGCGGACAGAGCGCUGGCCGUGUCCCACAGGAUCAGUGCCGCACAGGUGCAGGGGCACUUCCUGCUUUUCAAGCUGGAGCCCCUCAGGGCUAUCGAAAACAUCCAGGACAUCACCGAGUAAGGCCAGGGCGACAGGAGACACGACCCUGGAGACGAGGUGGGGACCAGCGACUUCGGAACUGAGAACUGGACAAGAUUUGUAAUAAAACCUCAAAGUAG